AUGGCUUCUCUUGCGUCAGGACUUUUUAAGUCCCUUCCGAAGCCUAAAUACUCUGGUGAGGAGGAAGAGCUCCCCCAGCAUGCGCAACCCCGUGGACCGCGUGUGGUGGCUGCCGACCAGCUUGACGAGACUCAAGUAGUUUUACGGAGAACUGGCCCACCGCCCUAUGGAAACCGUGCAGGAUGGCGACCACGAGCGCCCGAAGAUUUUGGCGACGGCGGCGCGUUUCCCGAGAUUCUAGUCGCCCAAUACCCCCUCGAUAUGGGCCGAAAGGGAACAUCUUCGACAUCCAAUGCACUUGCAGUACAAGUCGAUGCCGAGGGCAAGGUUAAAUACGAUGCGAUCGCCCGCCGCGGACACGCCGACAAUAAAAUCGUUCAUGCCUCAUUCAAAGAUUUAAUCCCGCUGCGACAGCGGGUCGAUAUGGGAGAAAUUUCCCUGGACCGACCCUCCGAAGAAGAAGUUCAGGCACAGACGGAGAAGACUAAGAAUGCUUUGGCAACUUUGGUAGAUGGAGCUGUGUCCGCACAAAAGCCGAAGAACGUCAAGGGCGGAAGCAGGGCCGAGCCGACAUUCGUUCGAUACACACCCGCGAAUCAGAUGGGUGACAAUAAUAAUAAGAAUGACCGAAUUAUGAAGAUUGUUGAGCGCCAACAGGAUCCCAUGGAGCCUCCUAAGUUCAAGCACAAGAAGAUUCCCCGCGGACCUCCGUCACCUCCUCCCCCCGUUAUGCACUCGCCUCCCAGAAAGCUUACCGCCGAAGACCAAGAAGCUUGGAAAAUCCCUCCACCUGUGUCGAACUGGAAGAAUCCGAAGGGUUAUACCGUUCCGCUGGACAAGCGUCUGGCUGCAGAUGGCCGUGGUUUGCAAGAUGUGUCGAUUAAUGACAAGUUCGCCCAGUUUGCUGAGGCUCUCUUCACAGCUGAUCGACACGCUCGUGAGGAAGUGCAGCUUCGUGCUCAAAUGCAACAGAAGUUAGCAGAAAAGGAGAAAGCUCAGAAAGAAGAACAUCUCCGGCAAUUGGCACAGAAAGCUCGCGAGGACCGCGCUGGUCCCAGCCGACGUGCUGACUCCCGAACUCGUUCCCGAUCUCGCAGCGCCAGCCGCAGUGUCUCUCCCUACUCCUCGAGGUCUGGUACCCCAAGUGAGGAAGGAGAUGCAGCUCGGGAGCGUGAGCGUGAGCGUCGUGAACGCCGACAGGAAAAUGAACGUCAACUUCGCCAGUCUCGUAUGGGUACAGAGCGUCGAAUUCAGGCGAUGGCACGCGAGCAGAAUCGUGAUAUUUCUGAAAAGGUGGCUCUUGGAUUGGCCAAGCCAACUCAAAGCUCUGAAGCUAUGUGGGAUUCUCGUCUGUUUAACCAAACCAGUGGUAUGAACUCUGGGUUCAACGAGGAUAACCCCUAUGACAAGCCACUGUUCGCCGCGCAGGACGCCAUCAACAGUAUCUACCGUCCUCGAGCUCAAGCUGAUGCGGACGAGGAGGAGGCUGGCGAGGGCGAGAUGAGCAAGAUUCAAAAGACGAACCGAUUCGAGGUUCUGGGACGGGCCAAGGAGGGUUUCCGUGGUGCCGCUGAUGCCGAGGAGCGCCAAGGUCCUGUCCAGUUUGAGAAGGAUACUGCGGAUCCGUUUGGUAUUGACAGCAUGAUUGCCGAUGUGACGACAGGCCAAAAACGCUAUGGUAUUCAAGAAGCCGAAACGGACGACCGCGGAUCCAAGCGCGCCCGAGUUGAUGACGAUUAG